CCUCGUAGCCGUAGUUGAAAAUGAUGUAACCUAAGAUACACAAAUUCUUUUCUUCGAAAACUAUACAAUUAACUAUUGCUUGUAAGCAGUUCCACAAAUUCACUUUCUCAAAAUGACAUAGAUUUAAUAGAACAUUUCAUUUAGCUUUAUUGACCGUAUGUACCUACCUAGAUUAUAAUGUCCAAACUAUUAUUAAGCCACUUCAAUUCUUCACAUUUAAGACAAAACGUUCUUAAGUAUUUAUGUCAGAAACAUGCAAAUAUCGGAAUUCCCAAAGCAUACAAAGUUGAAAACGCCAAACAAAAAUCAGCCACUGCUGCAGUUGAUGUACCAGUUGACUGUGAAGAUGGAUUAUCAAAAAACAAAUCUAGACCCUUGUGGAAACCUACUCCCUCAACGGAAGAAUCAAGUUUGCUCCAACAGUACCUGAAGUUAUCCAAAAUAAAACUCACAACCUUGGUGGUAGUUACCUCAAUGGCAGGGUAUGCAGUAGCUCCUGCUCCCUUUGACUGGGCUACUUUCGGCUUGUGUAUAGCAGGUACAGGAUUGUUAUCGUCUGCAGCAAAUGCAGUAAAUCAAUUCCAUGAAACUCCUUUCGAUGCACAAAUGUCUAGGACAAAAAAUAGAGUAAUAGUUUCUGGAAAAAUAACGCCACUCCAUUCGAUGGGAUUUGCUACAGUCGCAAGUAUAAGUGGGAUCAGCAUCCUUUAUUUCGGUGUGAAUGGUCUCACAGCUGCUCUAGGAUUUUCAAAUUUACUUUUGUACACUGCCGUUUACACUCCGAUGAAGAGAAUCAGUAUUUUAAACACAUGGGUGGGAUCCGUAGUCGGUUCUAUUCCACCGUUGAUGGGUUGGGCAGCUUGUGCUGAUUCCCUGGGACCAGGGGCCUGGCUCAUGGCAGCCCUUCUUUAUAGUUGGCAAUUUCCACAUUUCAAUGCUUUAUCGUGGAACCUUAGACCUGAUUAUUCUAGAGCAGGUUACAGAAUGAUGGCUGUUACCGAUCCAGGUUUAUGUAAAAGAGUAACACUAAGACAUACCUUGGCACUUCAAGGUUUAUGUGUCCUAGCACCUAUUUUAGAUACAACAAAUUGGUGGUUCCUUUUGGAAUCUACUCCUCUAAAUGCCUAUUUUAUUUAUUUAGCUUAUAAAUUUUACAAAGACUCGUCAAGUUCUACAUCUCGAAAACUGUUUAGGUAUUCCCUUCUACACCUACCACUAGUGAUGUUUCUGUUUUUGAUCAAUAAAAAGGAGUGGUUUUUCCUAGAAAAGAGUGAAACUGAGGACAAUGAAAAUAAUGUUUCGUUAGAACAAUAAAAACUCUAAAAAAGAAAGUUUUCAUUAAUUACCGAAGAAAUUUAAUUAUAAUUCAAAUGUCCAUUUGAAAAAAUUUCAUGCAUGCAUAAAUUUAGGAAAAUUUAAAUCAAUUGUGGAUGUAUUCGUACAUCAAUUAAAAUGAAAUUUAUUAAAGAUAACUUGAAAUGUGAUAAAACUUUUGCUUCAAAUACAUUUUUUUUUCUUCAUUUUAUUAUGUAAUUAUUUAUAACUUAAUAUAUUUUGUAAUUGAAUUCAUGUAUAUUAGCAUUUGAAGUUAUUUCAAAUAAUAAUUUAUUUUGCAUUAA